ACUCUCUCUCUCUCUCUUUCUCUCUCUCUCUCUCUCUCUCUCUCUCUCGCUCCCCUUUGCUCACUGACACACGCGAGCACACAAACACAUACACACACGCCCUCCACCCCCAUCACUGCAGUCUCUCAGCUGCCUCGGAGCAAACAAGAAAGGAUAUAGAGCACAGACAGUAAUAAGGGAGAAAAGAGGUGUGUGUGCGUGCAUGUGUGUGUUGAAGGAGUGAGAGAGAGAGCACUAUGUGCACGUGAGCGUGUGGAAUAUGAGAGGUACAUAGGAGGAAGGAUAGAAGAGCUUGUCGGAGGCAUAGAAGAGCUAGGAGAGAGGAUAAAAGGGCUAGGAGAGAGGAUCGAAGCGCUUGGAGAGGGGAGAGAAUAGCUCGGAGGAGGAUAGAACAGCAGUGGUACGGCUGGAUUGUUUUUCUCCUCCUGCAGUCUCUGCUGAAGCUGGACGGUGAACAAGGUCACCCCCCUCACACAGAGCCCUCCUCACCAGCAGCAGAAGAGGAAGAGGAAGAGGAAGAGGAGGUCUGAUGGGCAGCCGGUUGUAGCGGAGGCCAGACCCAGGACGCGGCCGCCCCAGAGUCAUGUGGAACAGGAGCCAGAGGGUUUUGCUAUCCGCACGUUUCAGGCCCAAACACCGUGUUCACCGCACGCGCUGUAGCUCCGCCUCCCUUCCGGGCUCCCUCCUCCUCCUCCUCCUCCGCCACCACCAACACAACCGCCGCGGCCUCUCCUCCUGCGCCUCCUCCUCCCUCCCGCCCUCCUCCUCGGCCAUCUGCUAUGAGCCCCAGCUCUCUCGGCCCAGCAGGCGGUCCAACUCCAGCGCCAGACUGAGUGGCAGCGUCCCAGCAGCCCUGGUCCGUCCGCCAGGGACGCACACACCUGCCUCCCCGCUCGGGCCAGACGCCGAGCCAACGCCGCUGAGCCCCUCUUCUCCUUCCCCCUCUUCUUCUUCUUCUUCUUCUUCUUCUUCUUCUUCUUCGUCUUCUUCUUCUUCUUCUUUGGUUCCUUCACUUAUUCUCACCCCAGACCCCAGACUCAAAACGCUGAGCCUGAAGGGGGAACACUUUCCAACCUAAAUAAAACUCAGUCCAGCAUAGUCUUCGCUGAACCUGCUUCCGGAUCUCGACUCUGCCCCUCCUAGGCCUCCCUCCCCCGCCCGACUCCCACCAACACCACCACCUGCCGCCACCACCUCCUCCCCCCCCUCCCCCUCUGCUCCCCCCCCUCUCCCGCCCCCUCCCUCCCCCCACCCAUCCUCCUGAACCCGUCCUCCAUAGUAGCGGGCCCUCGUCACCCCGGCAGCACGUUGUCCUUGGCGAUCACCACGUGGCGGAGGACCAUGGGAUGCCGACAGAGCUCCGAGGAGAAGGAGGCGGCGCGGCGCUCGCGGCGCAUCGACCGCCACCUCCCCGAGAGCCUGCGGCAGCGGCGGGAGAUCAAGCUGCUGCUGCUGGGCACCAGCAACUCGGGCAAGAGCACCAUCGUCAAGCAGAUGAAGAUCAUCCACAGCGGCGGCUUCAACCUGGAGGCCUGCAAGGAGUACAAGCCGCUCAUCCUGUACAACGCCAUCGACUCGCUGACGCGCAUCAUCCGCGCCCUGGCCACGCUCAAGAUUGACUUCCAGGACGCCGACCGCGCCUACGACGCCGUGCAGCUCUUCGCCCUGACGGGGCCGGCCGAGAGCAAGGGGGAGAUCACGGGCGAGCUGCAGGGCGUGAUGAAGCGGCUGUGGGCCGACGCCGGCGUCCAGGAGUGCUUCCAGCGCUCCAACGAGUACCACCUGGAGGACAACACGGCCUACUACCUGAACGACAUGGAGCGCAUCUCGGCCAACGAGUUCAUCCCCACGGUGGAGGACAUCCUGCGCUCCCGCGACAUGACCACGGGCAUCGUGGAGAACAAGUUCACCUUCAAGGAGCUCACCUUCAAGAUGGUGGACGUGGGCGGCCAGCGCUCCGAGCGCAAGAAGUGGAUCCACUGCUUCGAGGGCGUGACCGCCAUCAUCUUCUGCGUGGAGCUGGGCGGCUACGACCUCAAGCUCUACGAGGAUAACCAGACGAGCCGCAUGGCGGAGAGCUUGCGGCUGUUCGACUCCAUCUGCAACAACAACUGGUUCACCAACACCUCGCUCAUCCUCUUCCUCAACAAGAAGGACCUGCUGGCGGAGAAGAUCAAGCGCAUCCCGCUGACGGUGUGCUUCGCCGACUACAAGGGCCAGAACACCUACGAGGAGGCGGCCGUCUACGUGCAGCGGCAGUUCGAGGACCUCAACCGCAACAAGGAGACCAAGGAGAUCUACUCCCACUUCACCUGCGCCACCGACACCAGCAACAUCCAGUUCGUGUUCGACGCCGUCACGGACGUCAUCAUCCAGAACAAUCUCAAGUACAUCGGGCUGUGCUAGGAGGAUCUCACCCCCCACCCCCAGCUGUACGGGUGGCGGGUGGAGGAGGGGUCGGGGGGGGGGGGGGUUAGCCGGUCUGCUGCGGGGGUUGCUGGUGGAGGAGGGACGGCUGUGAGGGAGGAGGAGGAGCAGGAGGAGGUGGAGCAGGAGGUGGUGGGAGGGGGUCUGCUGGGGAAAGACUCCUACGCUGCAGAUUCCAAACAGGAGAAAGAACUAAAGGAGUCGAUGGUCACGAGUCACGAUGGGAUUUUUAACCAAUGUGUUUGCACUGAAUAUUAAGAGUAUGUAGAGACACCCAAACACACACUUGUUUUUAUUUUGUUUUUUUACCCCCACAUGUGCACGCACGCACGCACGCACACACACACACACACACACACACACACACACUCUGACAACCAGUAUACUCACAUCAAGACACUAAUAAUCUCUCACAAAGACACAUACACACACGCCCAGUAGUGCACAAACAGACAGGCACACAAACACACACACACACACACGAAUGCUCAGACAAACACACACACACACACACACACACACACACACACACACACACACACACACACACUAAUGCUUAGAAACACACACACACACACACACACACACACACACACACACACACACACACACACACACACACACACACACACACACACACACACACACACACACACACACACACACACACACACACACACACACACACACACACAUAAACGCUCACACAAAGAAGGACUUUGAAUCAACAGUCAAGCACAUGUUUGACAUGGAAGCACUGGAGUGAAGUUAUAACUGUUAUAACUUUAGUUAUAACAAUAUAUAAUCCCGCCUGCCAGACUCCAGACUCUAAUACCAUUGUAUUGGCAGGUUUGACUUUCUUUCUUUCUUUCUCCUUGGUUAUUUUGCCUGAGUCCACUGAUGCUGCUUUAUCAGAAGGAUGUUGACGACAUCAAAUCGCUCCUAGGAGUAUUCACCCUGACAAAGGCAAGCACUCUAUGGCCACACGGAAAAUUGUGGACCAUUUUUCGUAUAAAACAUGAUGUCACAGGGGUUUUUGCCUAAAAGAUAAAAAAAAUAAACUGCCACACAGUGAAGUUACAUUUUAAUGUUUUUUUUACACAUUAUUCCCCUCUUAUUGCCUGCCCCCCCCCCCCCCCCAAACCCCCGUAACCCCCUCUCUAUCGUUUUUUUUUCAUCCUGUGUAUGACUUUGUCUGUUGAACCUGCCAUUGGAUGAGGUGCCGCUAAGCUCUGAGCUCUGAGGGUCAGAGCUCAGCAGUCCAUACUCUCCUCAUAUUCCUAAUGAGGACAAAAACGUGCCAAUAUCAGUGUAUAUAAGAGCAGAUCCCAUCCCAUUAUGUUACCCCUUUUUUUUAUUGACAAAUACAUUUAAAACAAAAAAACAUGCAUGUUUUGUUUUGUUAUUUUGGGAUAUUAAUAUAUUUGAUUUGGGAUUUGUUUUCACUUUUAUUUGAUUUGAGUAAUAUAUUCCCAAAUAUAUAUAUAUAUACAUAUAUAUAUAUAAGUCAAACACUGUGUAUGAAUGUACAGCUGUUGUCAGAGAGGAUUUAUUCAACAGAGAUAUAUUGAGAAAACAAAGGUGAUGAUGUCAAUAACGACAAGGUGAAAAUAGGUGAUGGUACGAUGAUGAUGACGAUGAAGAUGAUGAUGACGGUGAUUAUCACAAUGAUAAUAACAACAGUGAUAAACUCAACAACCAUCCCAGCAUGAAAAUUUAACGCCGGUAAAAAAAAAAAAAAGGAAGGGGGAACUAAUGUGAAAGUUUAAGGUUGCAAAAGAGUAAAAUAAGUUACACAUACAUUCAGUUAGAUUCUCCUUAAGUUCACUAAAUGGAAAUUGUUAUACAGUCAGUCGUUAUGAUGUGUAAAUAUACUGUGAGGUACACUCUUUGUUAAAAUAAAUGGUAAAUAAACAAAUAUAUGAAUAAAGGUUGAGUUGGAAUGCCGCCAAGAGCGUGUGGGAGUGUGAGAGAGAGAGAGAAAGAGAGAGAGAGAGAGAGGGGGAGAGGGAGAGAGAGAGAGAGAGAGAGAGAGAGAGAGAGAGAGAGAGAGAGAGAGAGAGAGAGAGAGAGAGAGAGAGAGAGAGAGAGAGAGAGAGAGA